AUGAUCAGCUCCACUUGUCAAGCAAAAAAUCUAUCUUCAGUACAGCGCCGCAUGUUAUGGUGUACUUCACCUGAGAAAACGAAAGUACCACUUGCAAUUACAAAUGAUGUGGCAAAACUAAGAAAGCGCACGACGUUCGCUUGCUUCUUCCCCGCUACUGCACUGCAAACAGCGAAGUUCAUGGGGAAGCAUCAGUACAUGCUUGGAGAUUAUGAAUCUUCUUCUUUCGCACAGAGGUGCUUUAAUCGAUUCCCAAUGGCUCGCGGUGGAUCACAACGCAAGUCUUCAGAUCAGGAGAGGGAACUCCCCCAAUGGGCCACCAUGAUGAUGGACCUCUACGCUUCGUGCGCAGAUCGACUGGAAAAGGCCCUGACGACCUCUCUCGCUAAGCUGGCCGAUAGGAUCGACGAAAUGAACACGCGCCAGAACGAAAUAUUGUCUCGUCUUGCAGCUCUUGAAGAUUCUAUUUCCGGAUUACAGGUGUCGUGCUCUCUGGAUCAAAAACUUCUCUAUUCUACCAUCGUUAAAGUGAAAGCAGAUGGUGAGAAAAUAGAUGAUAAACUUAAACGUAUUACCUGGAUCGGUAUAGGGGAGCAGGGCGACGAGACUGCGACGAGGAGAUUCGACAUGGAGGCUUUGAGAGAA